AGAGCCCAGAACAGCUUAUGUUAGAGCAGAGAUAGACAGAAACUCACACACAUACAGCGUUAUCUCCCUAACGGAGAAUAUUAUUACACAAAAAGUGAUUUCAAAACAUCAACAACAACAAUAACAAUACAUUAUACAAAAGGUCAACAGCAUUUUGGAUUUGACCAGUAUAAAGAAGAAAACGCAUUAAUGAUUAUUUAUCAUUAAUUUUAGGGAAUGAGUAAAAGGGACACAUACGACUCAAAUCAUUUCUGAAAAAGAAGUAAAACGUGGAUUUUUACUCAUCUUGGACCAAAGGAGGAAAAAGGCAAGAGAGACUUUGAGAGAACCUGAAGGACGAGGGAAACGGACAAGAUCUCAUCAUUCUCAGCAGCAGCAGCAAUCUGACCCUGCUACCUGAGGUGGACUGGUGAUUCCCUCCACCUGUGAGAGGACCACCACCACUGUCCAGUCCCCCACAGCUUCCUCAUCACUGGAGGAUGGCUGCAACCAAGACUGAGAUGCUCCUUCCAGCCCUGCAGAUCUCCGACCCACUCAGCUUCCCUCACUCUCCCAUGGAUAACUACCCCAAGCUGGAAGAGAUGAUGAUGCUGAGCUCCGCAGGGACCCCCUUCCUCUCUGCCUCGGCACCUGAGGGAGCAGGCUUCGGAUCAGGCGAGCCAGGAGAGCAGUAUGACCACCUUGCUGGAGAUACGUUACCUGAUAUCUCCAUAAACUGUGAAAAGUCAAUGGCCGAGCAAAGCUACUCCACCCAGAGGCUGCCUCCCAUCUCCUACACGGGUCGCUUCACCCUGGAGCCUGGCACCAACUGCAGCAACAGCCUCUGGGCCGAGCCCCUGUUUAGCCUGGUCAGUGGGCUGGUGGGAAUCAACCCCCCCUCCACCUCCGCCCCUUCUUCCUCCUCAUCUCAGACCGGCACUUCUUCAUCAUCCACCUCCUCCUCUAACUCGUCCGGCGCCAUCUCCUCUCAGAGCUCCAGUCUGAGUUGCUCUGUCCACCACAGUGAGAAUAACCCAAUCUACUCUGCUGCUCCGACCUACUCCAGCGCCAGCCCUGACAUUUUCUCUGAACAGGGCCAGGGCUUCUCCGGUCCCGCUGGAGGGUCUCUUCAAUACCCGCCUCCAUCAUACUCCAACAGCAAGACGUGUGGCUCCAGCUUCCCUGUGCCCAUGAUCCCUGACUACCUCUUCCCCCAGCAGCAGGGGGAAAUCAGCCUGCUACCCGACCAGAAGCCCUUCCAAAACGGGUCAGGCCAGCCCUCCCUCACCCCCCUGUCCACCAUUAAAGCCUUUGCCACCCAGACGGGAUCCCAGGACCUGAAGAGUGUUUACCAAUCGCAACUGAUCAAGCCCAGCCGCAUGCGCAAGUACCCAAACCGGCCGAGCAAGACGCCGCCCCACGAGCGGCCCUACGCCUGCCCCGUGGAGACGUGCGACCGCCGCUUCUCCCGCUCUGACGAGCUGACGCGUCACAUCCGCAUCCACACGGGCCAGAAGCCCUUCCAGUGCCGCAUCUGCAUGCGCAACUUCAGCCGCAGCGACCACCUGACCACGCACAUCCGCACGCACACCGGCGAGAAGCCGUUCGCCUGCGAGAUCUGCGGACGCAAGUUCGCCCGCAGCGACGAGCGUAAGAGGCACACCAAGAUUCACCUGAGGCAGAAGGACAAAAAGGUGGAGAAGGGUGGGGUGGCCGGGGCGGUGGCAGCAGCGGCGGCCCCAGUGUCAGCCUCGUCGCCCCUGUCCAGCUACCCCUCUCCCAUCACCUCCUAUCCCUCCCCGGGCUCCUCCUAUCCCUCCCCGGUCACGUCCUGCUACUCCUCCCCGGUCCACACCUCAUACCCCUCUCCCUCCAUCGCCACCACCUAUCCCUCUGUCUCCAUGUCCAUGUCCAGUACUUUCCAGUCCAUGGCGUCCUCCUUUCCCUCCUCCGUAGCCUCCAUCUACUCGUCCCCAGUUCCCACCCCACUGUCAGACAUGCAGUCCACACUCUCCCCGAGGACAAUCGAGAUCUGCUAAGGAAGAGAAAGACAAAAUACAUUUUUUAUUCUUUCCUCCUUGCCACUUUGUACAGUCUCCUUGAAGGGAGAAAUCAGCAUCAAAAGACUUGUUACUCCCCUUCUAUAAAGCACUUUUCUGCCUGCUCCCUUUGCAAGCCUUGUUCAGUGAAUCCUCAGAUUCACCUGAAGGGGUAAAAAAAGCAUGUCAAGGACCCGGCAAAGAUAGUCCAGAAGAUAGAAAGGCAUUUUGCAGAUGCAGAGCUUCAAACAAGGCCUAAAAGAUUUUCGAGAGUUGAACCAGACAGAAGAGACAGGUUGUUCCUAUAAGCAAAAACACAGACUGAGACAAACAGGCGAGACUGAAGGCGCGUUAGCCCUCUGAGGCAAUCAUUUACAGGACAACAGACAUUGAAUGAUAUACAUAAGCUAGGUAAUAUGUAUAUUCUACUCGUGCCAUGUUUUUUUUUUUUUUCCAUUCUUUGGUACCAUUGAUGUGAAAAACUUAUUUGCAUAUUUGCAUUGUAUUAUUUGAAGUGAGCAGGGCCAUAUUUUCUAUUCUAAUACUUUCUCUAUUAUGUAGUGAUGACGAUGCUGUGAUAUGUUUUUGACUUUGUUUGAUGACGAAAUAAGCACUUAAGUAUUCAUGCAUGUGUUAAGAGUGAUGUUAGUUUCUAUUGUUUUGUAAAUAUCAUCCACUUGUACUAUUUUUCUCUUGCUCACAUCAUGUGACAUAUCAGUCUGUUAUGUGGACAAAAAAAUUAGAAGAAAAAAAAACUUCACUUAAAAAACAGAAAACAAAACAAAUGUUCCCGUUUUUGGUGCCUUUUUGUGAAGCCUUGCUGAUGUUUUGGCACAACUGUGUGUGUGAGAGAGGAUGCGUUGCGACUCGCCUUAAGGUGUGAAGGGAUAUUUUUGUUACAGAAUGUAAGUCAUAGUUCAACAGAAGACCAGAAAGGGCAGAGGUCAUAUGAGGGCACCGCUUCAUUUCUUCAGAAUGUAAGCAAAGGAGAGAAAUGAUAAACUAUAUUUUUAUAACUGAAAAAAGGUUAAUGUAAAUAUCCACAUCUUCAAGUUGGAAUGUCGUAGUUACCUACUGAGUAGGCAUGGGAUUCUUUUGUAUGUUAUAUACAUGCGGUUCAUUAAUUUGUGGUUAACCUUUAUUUUGUAUUUGUGUUUGUUAAACCAAGUGACUGUUUCUGGCUUCUCAACACAUUGAAUGCGCUUAACUGCCAAUGGGAUAUUUGGUGUACAUGAUAGCCACCAGAAAUGAAAUAUAAAUAAAAAAUAAAUAUA